AUGCCUCCGAAACAGAAUUCAAAAAAAGAUGGUGCUGGGACAGAUAAAGCGGAAAAAGGAAGUGGUAAGCCAAAAGCAGCAAAGGCUUUGGAUGCUAAAAAAAAGGUUGUUAAAGGACAAUUCAAAAUCCACAAGAAAGGGGUCAAGACAUCUGUGCAUUUUCAUAGACCACAUACAUUGAUUUUGCCACGGUCACCUCGUUAUCCACGAAAAUCUGUUCCUAGGCGCGAAAAACUUGAUGCAUAUGCUAUCAUUAAACACCCAUUGACGACGGAAUCAGCAAUGAAAAAGAUUGAGGAUACAAAUACUCUGGUUUUCAUUGUUGAUAUCAAAGCAAACAAGCCGCAGAUACGACUGGCUGUCAAAAAACUUUAUAAUAUCGAUGUGCAAAAGGUGAACACUUUGGUAACGCCAAAUCACGAAAAGAAGGCAUACGUACGUCUGGCACCUGACUAUGACGCAUUAGACGUUGCAAAUAAAAUUGGCAUUAUUUGA